AUGGAAGAUAAUUUUGGAGCCUUUUACACACCAGUUUUAAAAGGCUAUGACUCGAGUUAUGAAACGUAUCUACCUCAAAGUAUGCUAAAUGAGCUUCCUUGGACUGGAUUUCACAACGAUCCUGCAAUGUUAACGGAUAAUGUGUCAACUUCAGGCUUUUUUCCAACAGGAAACUCUAAUCUGAGCAGGCAAACAACGUUGAAACAGGCUUUUUCGCCUCAACUUUCAGGUCAACAGAGUUCUUUUGUACCUCUUUUCCCUCAAAAUUCUUAUUCCAAAGGGGUAAACCUGUUUAAGAGGACUAACUCGUUUCAAUUUAGGCGUAACUCGAAUUCACACGCCAGGUCAAGGUCACUUAAAAGAAGUUUUAGCAGUAGUACUUCAAAGUCGAACCAGUCAAUGGGAUCCUACAAUCCCAAUCUCAACACUCUUAACCAUUACAAUCAUUUGAACCAAUUUAACAAUGUUAACCACCUUAACUCGAACAAUUUUAACAAUGUGAACCACGUUAACUCGAACCAAUUUAAUAAUUUGAACAGUGUUAACAAUUUGAAGGGAAUGGGUUCAAAUCAGUUUAGUAAUGUGUCGACAAAUGUAUCAAGGGUUAACAGCGUGAAUGAGAUGGGAAGGAAUGGAGUGAAUGACUCUGUAAGAAAUUCAUUUAAGCUAAGGCCAAGAAAAUGUAAAAGAAACCCAAACGUAGAAAAGGGAUCACCGUUUAACAGAGCUUUUAACAGGGUUGUAAGUAACGGAUUUGACUCCAUCAACACGAAUUUUGGGACCACAAUUACCAUUGUGAAGGACAAAUUUGACGUUAACGACGCUGUCAGAUUCCUUGAAGGGCUGGUGAUGUUUGUUUUGGGCGUUUUCAGGACAAUUUUCGGCGAAUUGAGGUCAGACGUGAUUUCAGGAAUGCUUGGCGCCGAGGAAACCUCCGACUACGACGUGGCACGUUCAAAUUACUACUCACAAUUGGACGAGAAAUUUAAGAACUCAGGCCUUACACAGAGAAUUGACUACACAGAAGCAAUUGAAAACGAGUAUAAAAGGAGGAGAACCGUGACUGAUUUGAGAGUUGAUGAAGUUCCAGAGUAUGUAAACCCUCACAACACUGAUUUCAUGAACAUGACUGAGCAGGAAUUUGAGGAAUUUCUACUUAAACAGGCGUUCCCGAAUACUCCUCUUUCAGUUCCACGUAUCUGAAGUACAUUACACAGAUUUGAGAUUACAUUAGGAUUUAAAAUAAUUUGUCAAGAUUCCACGUUAAUUUAAUGAAAUUUAAUUUUUUUAACCUAAAUUUCCCCUAAUAAUUGUUG